AUGUCGUCAGCCGUAGAUGGCGACGUCCAUCACCACCACAACAGCAAUAGCAACAACAACAACAACAACAACAACAACGACAACAAUGACAACAAUGACCAGAACGAUGACUCGUUGUAUGACAGCUUCAAGUGGCUGGACGAAGAAGACGAGAUCGAUCUCUCGCUAGACUACCACGCCCAUCUCGCUGAGACGUCGGCUUCCUCGGCCAAUCUACACAGCAAGAAAUCGCCCUUCCGCAGCAGACGGCAGUCCUCCUUUCGACGCACUUUCUCUAUAUCUUCAGGCUCAAACCGCGGCAGAAGCAGCGGCAGCGGCCUUCCUUCGCCUCGUCUACGCAGCCAGACUGCAUUCCAGCCCAAUUCCAUCAGCAGCAGCAGCUCCUCCAGCAACAACAAUAACAACAGCCACAACCACAGUCUACGACCACACUCUGUCUCCAGGCCUACUCCUCCCCCCCUGAUACCACCAUAUCUCCCUCAUACUUCCCACGGCUCCGUCGACCACCCAGCCCAGUUCUACCAGGACCCCGAGGCCCGUCUUAAGCUACGAGUCUACCUCGCCUCUCCCCAGAAAUUCGACGAAGCAAUCGAAUUCGGGUUCCCUUCUCUCGAACACAACGACAACCUGGGCACUCCCUUCUCCUUCGACCGCAAAUGGAAAAUGCAAGAAUCCCCUACUUCUUCCUCCUUUAUCGACUCAGAGUCCAUCGCCCCCUUCGACAGUACCGCCAGUGCAAGUGGUCCGCCUAGUCCCCGCACCGCCGUACGACCGAAGACAUCCGGAGAUUUGAAACCCGACAGCAACCAGUCGGCUUCCACAUGGCGCAACCCAUCAGUGUGCGAUUCCGUCAACUCUCGACCCUCGUGCUCGAGCAGGCGGCCUAUCAUCGUCGGCUCCUCGGGUCCCAUGGGCAGCAGGGAGAUGACGCUUAAGAUGACGCUUACCCGACCCGAUCUCAGAUCAAGCGAGCUGACUUCCUCGCCGAAAUCGAGCAUGACCGCCGAGGAAGAUCCGCUUAAACUGGCGGAUUUGCCGGUCGACGAGAAGGCGCCGGUCUGGGAGAAGCCGGAAAAGACCUCGAUGAAGAGCGUCUGGAGGAAGAUCACGGGCAAAGCUACUUAA